CUUCUUCUUCUUCCUCCUCCUCCUCAUAUCUUCAAUUAAAUCCCACUUAAUAUAAUUAAUUAUUAAGCAUGGCCAAAACCUGUGAUUUUUGCGUUGCUGCUGCUUCUGCAUUAAUAUUUCUGCCUUCUCUGCUUCUGAAUUGCGCCGCUGCCCAGACUGUGCACGUCGUCGGAGACACCACCGGUUGGACUGUCCCCUCCGAUGCCAAUUUCUACGCCACUUGGGCUUCUUCCAAGACCUUUCACCUCAACGAUGUUCUUUCGUUCAACUUCCCUACAAACGUACAUGACGUGGUCAGAGUUCCGAAAGCUUCGUUCGAUGCUUGCACUUCAGGUAAUCAGAUAGGGGCCACGAUCACCGCCGGCCCCGCCAACGUUACCCUCAAAGAAACCGGCACCCACUAUUUCAUUUGCACCGUCGGCCAACACUGCCAGGGGGGACAGAAGUUGGCCGUCACCGUCGGCUCCGGCUCCUCCCCGACCCCGGCGGGUGCUCCGUCGUCGUCGACCCCACAAAUUCCUUCUCCUCGGCCCAGUUCUGCUCCUCCUCCUCCGUCCAAUUCUGCUCCUCCUCCUCCUGCCCUUGCUGGUUUCUUCUUGAUCAUGCUUUGCUUCGCCUUGGGGAAACUGGUCCUCUAGAGAUGAUGGCUAAACCUAUAUAUAGAUGAUGGUAUAUUUUCUCAGUUUAAUAAUUAGCAGGAUACUGUAAUGGUGGGAGUUUUGGCAUAGUGUUUGCGUUGGCUUGGGAUCUAUUUUCAAUAAUUGCCUUGUAUUGUUGAUGUCAGGCCACAUAAUAAAAUUUUUUCCAUAUUAAAGUAUUUAUAA